AUGUUCGGACCCAGCAGCAAAUCUCGAAGAGACGGUCCAAUUGCAAUGCCGCAGCAGCCAGAGGUGUACAGAAAGCAUUCGGUCUGGAAACCUGCAUUAAUAAGGGUCAAGAAGGGUCUGUUCUCGGGCCCGGGCAGUCACAGAUCAGAGAUUGUAGACCUUCGGGGAGCAGAAAGGGCUUUCACAGCAAUAAUCGACCGACCCUUGAUAUCAAUCAGAGGCUCAGAUGACCUAUAUUCCGAAACGAGGAAAGAAGUUGAUCGAGAUAUCCCGAUACACCGACUGCCCAAUGUUCCCAGGCGCAAAACGCUCGGUGACGAACAGCUCACGAGCGCGGACCUGACCGAUGCUUCGCUUGAGCCGUUCCUACAAAAACCUAAGAGCUCAAAGAACGGGCCAUUCCAGGAAUCACGGCGGACCCUCCCUGCCAGGGGAAGAGGACCAAGUGAUGGAGUCGGGAACGUCCCAGGAAACGAUUUAUAUUUGCUCGAUAGCCCCAGCGUCCCGAAACAUGCGGCGUCCGACUUUUCACAGCUCGACCUAGCAUUUGGUCUUGAGCCGAAGAGGUCCAGGUCCGUCGCUCGACCAAAACUGGAGCCAGUGCCCCGAACUGUAGCCGUUGAUCAACCUAUACAUGCAGUUUCUGACUUUUCGGAAAUGAAUAUGGCAUCUGAUCCCGAUGUUAACGGUAUUGGUCUAGCCAUAACCCGAUCUCCACCUCCGGAACCAAUGCUAGAGCCCUUGAACACUCAGAUUUUCCAAAAAGCUUCAGAGAAUAUCGCAACAUUGAAUUGCAAUGUAUACGACGCUGCAAGUCCCAGGACCCUCACCACAGACUCGAUAGUUGAGCUGCAGGGAAUCCAGGCGAAGCUGAAAUCAAACAAAGAAGCAUGGACGCGGGCAAUAUCUCAGUGCUCUGCGAAUUCUCGAUCUUCGAAAGCCAGUGUGCGAGAGAGGACGAAUUCUUCUGCUGAAGAUGGAGCCGGUGAGGAUUUCGAGAGUGUCGCGAUGGUAGCGAUGGUAGCGAGAAGCGCCAAGCAUGUUGCCGUCGUGCGUACGGUACUCCCAGGAACGAAGGAUGUCGAUACCACGCGAGCCAGGGCGAUUCGGGAGGGGUGGUUCCUGGAGAUCGAUGAUCUAGGUGAGGAUGUUAUGGAAGAUUUGCGAUCAUGA